AUGGAAAUGCUACUCAUUACCGCCAUCUACUGCAUGGCGUGGAGCAAAUCUGGCCAAAAAAUAACUACAUUUUUUGUGGGAGUUGUACCUUCGGCUUCUGCCACGCAAAGCAAGUCUGCUCCCGCCAAGCCCAACUACAGCCUGAAGUUCACUUUAGCAGGUCACACAAAGGCAGUGUCUUCGGUAAAGUUCAGCCCGAGCGGAGAGUGGUUGGCCAGUUCAUCGGCCGACAAAUUAAUAAAAAUCUGGGGGGCCUACGAUGGCAAGUUCGAAAAGACGAUAUCUGGACACAAGCUGGGAAUUUCAGAUGUCGCCUGGUCGUCUGACUCCAACCUCCUGGUCUCUGCGUCUGACGACAAAACCCUUAAGAUCUGGGAUGUCAACUCGGGGAAGUGCCUGAAAACUCUAAAAGGUCACAGCAACUAUGUCUUCUGUUGCAACUUCAACCCACAGUCCAACCUGAUCGUCUCUGGAUCGUUUGACGAGAGUGUUAGAAUAUGGGACGUGAAGACGGGUAAAUGUUUAAAAACGCUGCCGGCUCACUCCGACCCGGUGUCCGCGGUCCACUUUAACAGAGACGGCUCCCUGAUCGUGUCAAGUAGCUACGACGGUCUAUGCCGUAUCUGGGACACGGCUUCGGGGCAGUGUCUAAAAACUCUCAUAGAUGACGACAACCCGCCGGUGUCUUUUGUAAAGUUUUCUCCAAAUGGAAAAUACAUCCUGGCAGCGACGCUGGACAACACGCUGAAGCUCUGGGACUACAGCAAGGGAAAAUGUCUAAAGACCUACACGGGCCACAAAAACGAGAAAUACUGUAUAUUUGCGAACUUCUCCGUCACCGGUGGAAAGUGGAUCGUGUCCGGAUCGGAGGACAACAUGGUGUACAUCUGGAACCUUCAGACUAAAGAGAUCGUCCAGAAACUACAGGGACACACAGAUGUGGUGAUCUCUACAGCCUGUCAUCCUACAGAGAACAUCAUCGCCUCCGCAGCUUUAGAAAAUGACAAAACCAUCAAGCUAUGGAGAAGCGACUGUUAG